CAAGAAAAGUCAGAGCAAAGCAUCUACGCGUGGAGGCGUGGAGCCCACGCACCUCCUUCCUCCGUUCCCCAAUCCCCCUGGAGGCGCGCCGCAUAUCAGCGGCGCCAUUGGGCGGCGAUGGCCUCGGUUAGGCCCCCUCUCCGCCGCCUCGCGCUGCUGCUUAACAGCCGCAUCCGCGCCAACAACCGCUUCCUCGCCUCCGCCUCCACCUCCACCUCCUCCUACCCCACCGCCGCCGCAGCCGGCACCGCCACCACCGAGACGCCGGCGCCGGAGGAGCCGGAGGUCGUCAGCAUGACGGAUAACUGCGUCCGUAGACUCAAAGAGUUGCAUACUAAAGAACCAUCUGCUAAGGGCAACAUGUUGCGCUUGAGCGUUGAAGCUGGUGGCUGUUCUGGAUUCCAGUACACCUUCUCACUGGAUAGCAAGGAAAAUGCUGAUGAUAGGGUCUUCGAGAAGAAUGGUGUUAAGUUGGUUGUCGACAAUGUCUCAUACGACUUCGUGAAAGGUUCAACAAUCGAUUAUGUAGAGGAAUUGAUAAGCUCAGCAUUUGUGGUUUCAACCAAUCCAAGUGCUGUUGGAGGCUGCAGCUGCAAGAGUUCCUUCAUGGUUAAAUAAUUCGAACAUUAGUAACUUUAAGAGGUAGCCUGACAGAACUUUGUGUUGCAUUUUUCUUGAAUUACUACAAUACUUCGAUACUUCCAAAUAAGUCCCUGUUAUUGCUACUAUCUUAGGAAUCUUAUGUAACCUACUGCUUUA